AAAAAAAAAAAAAAAAAAGUAAGAGAAAAAAAUCAUAACAAUACGCUGUCGUAUGACGACUUCAAGCUGAACCGCAAAAUUUUGAUGGUUGAGACGUUAGCUGCAGCUUCAUCACUCUCUGGUUUCAAACUGGGCCAUUUUGCCUGAAAGGCUGAAACUCAGUUCCCCGAAUCCGAGGACAUGAACGCCCUAAUAUCAGCUUCCUUCUGCUACAAUUUCCAACUUCAGUCUCCUUUGUUUGUAACUCAAAAUUCAACAAAGACUACAACUUUAUGCAACAGAAGAUUCAGAGUACAGGCAAGUAAUUCAAAUGGGUCGGAUGCAAAGACUGCAUUAAAAGAUUCUUCCCUGGAAGAAGAAUUUAAUGGAGGGGAUGUAACCCAAUUGAAAGAAGAGCAGAAAUUCGUAGGAGAAGGAGACACAAAGAGCUCUGCUACUCCACUGCUUGAGAAGGACCUUAAAAAGGUUGUUCAAAAGACUGCUGCAACCUUUGCACCUAGGGCUUCUGUUGCCUCCAAAAAUCCUGCUGUACCUGGAACAGUCCUAUACACUGUUUUUGAGGUGCAAGGUUAUGCCUCGAUGUUGCUGGGUGGAGUUCUUUCCUUCAAUCUACUAUUUCCCUCCAAUGAACCAGAUUUAUGGAGACUAAUGGGGAUGUGGUCCAUUUGGAUGUUCACUAUUCCUUCCCUUCGGGCUCGGGAUUGCUCGAAAAAUGAAAAAGAAGCCCUUAAUUAUCUUUUUCUCCUCAUCCCGUUGUUAAAUGUUACAAUCCCUUUCUUCUGGAAAUCAUUUGCAAUUGUCUGGUCAGCAGAUACUGUAGCGUUCUUUGGGAUGUAUGCUUGGAAGAUGGGAUGGCUUCAAAAUGGAAAAACAAAAUGAUGUAAAGCGCUGGAGUGUGUUUAUAUCUUGCUUUUGCCCACCGAAUAUUAAGUGCCGCACCAAGAUACAUAUCAUAAGCUUUUGUCAUAGUUAGCGAAGCUUGAUAUGUGGAAUUCAUUACUACACGGUAUGGACGGAAGUGAAAAUGCAUACUGCAGUCUUAAAGGUGUAAAUAGCCGUCCAUGUGAUUUAUCGGCCUUUCGUGCAUGUGACUUCAUAACCUUCAGGCGUUGUUCCAGAUACGAUUUUCUGUGUCCGAGCUCCUCAGUUACUUGGCAAUUCAAGAUGAUAAUUUAUAGAAAAUCCCGCAUUGUAGAUGUGUGAGACAUGGUAUGUGAAAUCAUCUUCAGAUGGUACAUAUACUACUUUCAAGAUGCAGUGAUCAAUUGGCGAGAACUUUCUAUAAUUGCAUUGAAAUUGAAUGGAGAUCACCAUAAAUACUGAAUACUGCUGUGAGGACUGAGUUGCAUUCAUAUUCAGUUAUAUUGUAUUUAUAAUACUAAUUUCACGCUGCAAAUGUGCUUAUUCUGGAAAUAAUUAAUCAAUUAGCAUGGAUUGAAGUACUUACAGAAUCUCUAUAUAUUUAUUGUUUUUUUCUUUUGGAAUUCCGUUGUUAAAGUUAGA